GUAGCAUAUCAUUACUUCUGGAACCUUCGGAAAAGAAGUUCUAGAAAGCCAGCCCACAGAGUAUAAAAACCAUACGAUGGCCAUAGGACCUGCUAGAGAGGACAGGAGCCUUAACCUGAAGCAAGAAGAGUACAAGAUACUCAAGCUGAAUACAGUUUAUUUUUUGCACACCUCAGAAAGAUGCCCGAGAGAGCUGAACAGCCCAUGGAGGAGGUGGAGACUUUUGCCUUCCAGGCGGAGAUCGCCCAGCUGAUGUCCCUGAUCAUCAACACUUUCUACUCCAACAAAGAGAUCUUCCUCAGGGAGAUCAUCUCCAACUCCUCAGAUGCCCUGGACAAGAUCAGAUAUGAAAGUCUGACUGACCCCAGCAAACUGGACUCCUGCAAAGAGUUGAAGAUUGACAUCAUUCCUGACCAGGUCAAGCGCACCCUCACCAUUGUUGACACAGGCAUCGGAAUGACUAAGGCCGACUUGAUUAAUAACUUGGGUACAAUCGCCAAGUCAGGAACAAAGGCUUUUAUGGAGGCCCUGCAGGCUGGGGCUGACAUCUCCAUGAUUGGUCAAUUUGGUGUGGGCUUCUACUCUGCCUACCUGGUUUCUGAGAAGGUGACCGUCAUCACCAAACACAAUGAUGACGAGCAGUACAUGUGGGAGUCAGCAGCAGGGGGCUCCUUCACUGUGAGACCUGACAAUGGUGAAUCCAUUGGUCGUGGCACCAAAGUUAUACUUCACCUUAAGGAAGAUCAGUCAGAGUAUGUAGAGGAGCGGCGCAUUAAGGAUGUUGUGAAGAAACAUUCCCAGUUCAUUGGCUACCCCAUCACGCUCUUUGUGGAGAAGCACCGUGAGAAGGAGGUAGACUUGGAUGAGGGUGAGAAGGCAGAAGAGGUAGAGAAGGACACAGCAGCAGCUGACAAAGAUAAACCUCAGAUCGAAGAUAUAGGUGCAGACGAAGAUGAGGACACAAAAGAGGGGAAGAACAAGAGGAAAAAGAAGGUCAAGGAAAAAUAUAUUGAUGCCCAGGAAUUAAACAAGACUAAGCCCAUCUGGACCCGCAACCCUGAUGACAUCACUAAUGAGGAGUAUGGCGACUUCUACAAGAGUCUGACUAAUGACUGGGAAGACCACUUAGCUGUAAAGCAUUUCUCAGUGGAGGGUCAACUGGAGUUUCGGGCUUUGCUUUUUGUCCCAAGAAGAGCUGCAUUUGACUUGUUCGAGAGCCGCAAGAAGAGGAAUAACAUCAAGCUGUAUGUGCGCAGAGUGUUCAUUAUGGACAACUGCGAGGAACUGAUGCCUGAGUAUCUCAACUUCAUCAAAGGUGUGGUGGACUCUGAGGACCUUCCCCUGAACAUCUCCAGAGAGAUGUUGCAGCAGAGCAAGAUCCUGAAGGUGAUCCGUAAGAAUCUGGUGAAGAAGUGCUUGGAGCUCUUCACUGAGAUGGCUGAGGACAAAGACAACUACAAAAAGUUCUAUGAGCAAUUCUCCAAAAACAUCAAGCUGGGCAUACACGAGGACUCCCAGAAUCGCAAGAAGCUUUCUGAGCUGUUGAGAUAUUACACCUCCAGCUCUGCUGAUGAGAUGGUGUCACUGAAGGACUAUGUGUCCCGCAUGAAGGACAAUCAGAAACACAUCUACUACAUCACUGGUGAGACAAAAGACCAGGUGGCCAACUCUGCCUUUGUGGAGCGCCUUCGCAAGGCUGGCCUUGAGGUGAUCUACAUGAUUGAGCCCAUUGAUGAGUACUGUGUCCAGCAGCUGAAGGAGUAUGAUGGCAAGAACCUUGUGUCUGUCACCAAGGAGGGCCUGGAACUCCCAGAGGAUGAUGAAGAGAAGAAGAAGCAGGAGGAGCUUAAGGCUAAAUUUGAGAACCUCUGCAAGAUCAUGAAAGACAUCCUUGACAAGAAAAUUGAAAAGGUAGCAGUCUCCAACCGUCUGGUUGCAUCCCCUUGCUGCAUUGUUACCAGCACCUAUGGCUGGACAGCAAACAUGGAGAGGAUUAUGAAGUCUCAGGCUCUGCGAGACAACUCCACCAUGGGUUACAUGACAGCUAAAAAAAACCUUGAGAUUAAUCCUGAGCACCCCAUCAUUGAGACUCUGAGGCAGAAGGCAGAGGCUGACAAAAAUGACAAAGCUGUGAAGGACCUAGUUAUCUUGCUCUUCGAGACAUCCUUGUUGUCCUCAGGCUUCACACUAGAGGACCCCCAAACACAUGCAAAUCGCAUCUACCGGAUGAUCAAACUUGGCCUGGGAAUUGAUGAUGAUGAUACAACUGUGGAGGAUAUCCUUCAGCCUGGUGAAGAGGAUAUGCCUGUCCUGGAAGGUGAUGACGACACAUCAAGAAUGGAGGAGGUUGAUUAAGGAAUUUGCAAUUGGCUUUUUAAUAAUACAAUCUAAUUAACAAUGAAUUUAGAAACAAUGUAUAAUAUAACUCAUUAUAAAUUUAUUUUUAAAUGUUAAAUGUUAUGUAACAACCCACAGUUCUAAACAAUGCCAACAUAGUGACAGAUUAUCAGCAACCCAUAUUGUCAUGUCCAAAAUGUAAGAUAUAUUUAUAUGUUUAUACAACAGAAAUCGAGCCAUUUAAGUUUAAAUUCCUAUUAUUUGGUAUUUCAUGUCCAGUGUAAAGUAUUAAUAUAUUUUUGGCAAAAGGCUUUGACAUAAAAAUAUUUUGUUUUUAUCUUUUUUGUGUCUAUUUCAGUAAGUAAUUAUUUCUAAUAAAGUAAUUUAUUAGCUCACUUAAUGGAGCUGCAUUGUAGCUUAUGGUUAGGAAACUGUGCUUGCAUAUUCAAGGUUGUAAGUCUGAUUCUCACCCUAGGCAAAGUACUUCAUCUUCAGUAAAAAUAUCGACUAUAUAAAUGGACUGUAUGUAAAAAGAAUGUGAACAAACUGUAUAAGCCAUCAGCUUCUUCUGAAUGUAUAAAAUGUUAAUAA